GAGAAGGGGGGUUUGAUAUUUGAUAGUGAUUAACUUUCUCGCUUUGAUCGAUUUGAAACGCAAGGCGGGAGCAAAGAGCGAGCGGGUGGAGGCGGCAGCCACGGAAAGGCCCAUGUAGAAUGCCUGGCAGAUGAAGGGAAGUGAUGUUAAAUUACUGUUGGAUUCAUCAGCGGUCAACCUUGUUUUCUUGGAUACGUGCUUGGAUAUUUCCGGGACAAGUUGGCGAACGUUUCUCUCUUCCGAUGAUUGGGUACGUGUCACUUCCUCUCACCCACCCAUCCCCAGGGCCCCCGUGGAAAAAUCGUCGUCUUUUGACUCACCCUCAUAAGCUCAGGGGAGACGAGGAGGGCGCCACGUACGUACCUCGGAGGGUGGUGUAGGUUGGCGCUCCGAGUAAGCAUCCUCGGUCGCGCCGCGCCCUCGUCUUCCUUUUCACCUUUCAAGCAAACAACCGCGGGCGACGCAGACUUGAAUUCCUUCAUGACGACUCGCAUGCUCUCACCUCCUCUCUCCGUUAUUCCUCCUCGCAACCUCGGACCCUCGCACGACUACAACGACAACGAGGACCGCCGCCGCUCUGGAGACCAUCCCGUGCUCGCGUUUCUUGACGGCUACAAGAGCCUCGACGCCGCACAGCUCAGGCAAACCCACGCCCGCAUGCUCCGCCUCGGCCUCUUCUCCCACCCCUACUCCGCCAGCCGGCUCCUCACCGCCUGCUCCCUGUCUCCCUCCCCUGACCUCCGUUACGCCCUCCGGAUGUUCGACCAAAUUCCCCACCCGAACCUCUACGCCUGGAACACCCUCAUCCGCGCCCACGCUUCCAGCCCCAACCCCGAUUCCGGUCUCCGCCUCUUCUCCCGCAUGCUCCGAGACAGCCCUCACUCGCCCGACAAGUUCACCUACCCCUUCGCCAUCAAAGCUGCCGCAGAGCUCUCCGCCCUGGGAGAAGGCGCCGCCCUCCACGGGAUGGUCGUCAAAUCCCCCUUCCGUUCUGACAUCUUCAUCCUCAACUCUCUUAUCCACUUCUAUGCGGCCUGCGGGCAUUUGGAUCUUUCCUACCGGGUGUUUCAGAAGAUUCCUGCGAGAGAUGUCGUUUCUUGGAAUUCCAUGAUCAGUGCUUUCGCUCAAGCAGGUCAGUGCGAUGGGGCGUUGCAACUGUUUCAAGAGAUGUUGGGUGAGAAUGUGAAUCCUAAUGAUGUCACUGUGGUCAGCGUUCUCUCUGCUUGUGGCAAGAAAGGGGACUUGGAACUUGGGAAGUGGAUCCAUUCUUAUAUCAGGAGAAAUGCUAUCGACGAAAGCUUGGUACUGAGCAAUGCGUUGCUCGAUAUGUACAUCAAGUGUGGCAGCUUGGAGGAUGCAAAGUUGCUGUUCGACCAGAUGAGCGUGAGGGAUUCCAUCUCAUGGACCACCAUGCUUGUUGGUUGUGCAAGGUCAGGGGAAUUUGAUGCUGCCCGGCACAUUUUUGAUGCCAUGCCUAGUCAUGACAUUGCAUCUUGGAAUGCUUUAAUCUCAGGCUAUGAACAGAGCUGCCAACCGAAAAAAGCAUUAGCACUUUUUCAUGAAUUGCUGCAGGCUGAUGCAAAACCCGAUCAGAUCACCCUCGUUGCCGCACUGUCAGCUUGCUCCCAGUUGGGUGCAUUGGAAUUAGGCUGUUGGAUCCAUGCACACAUGAAGAAGAAUAGAUUCAACUUGAAUUCUCAUCUGACGACCUCACUUGUUGACAUGUACUCAAAGUGUGGAGACCUGGAUAAGGCACUUGAAUUGUUCAGGUCUGCAGAACAGAGAGAUGUUUUUGUGUGGAGUGCGAUGAUUGCAGGUCUGGCAAUGCAUGGGAAGGGAAAAGCUUCUCUGGAUCUCUUCAUGCAAAUGCAAGAGGCUAAGGUUAAGCCCAACAAGGACUUUACGAAUAUACUUUGUGCUUGUAGCCAUGCUGGAUUGGUCAAUGAGGGUGUGUUGUAUUUCAGCCAAAUGCUUCCGGUCUAUGGCAUUGCACCAAAUGUGGAGCACUUUGGGUGCAUGAUCGACAUCCUCGGCCGUGCUGGGCUGUUAGAAGAAGCCAAGGAGUUGAUAGAAGAUAUGCCCAAUGCCACCUCUGCAUCGGUAUGGGGAGCAUUGCUUGGAGCUUGUGCGAUUCAUAAGAAUAUCGAACUGGGAGAAUAUGCAUUUAGACAUCUCAACGAGUUGGAGCCUAGAAAUCAUGGAGCUUAUAUUCUAUUAUCUAAUUUGUAUGCCAAGUCCAGGAAAUGGGAUGGUGUCGCAAGGUUGAGGAAACUGAUGAAGGAUACUGGGUUGAAAAAAGAACCAGGUUAUAGCUCAAUAGAGGUUCAUGGUGUAGUUCAUGACUUUCUUGUGGGGGAUGUAUCUCACCGACUUACAGGGAGAAUAUAUUGCCAGUUGGAUGAAAUUACAUCCAGACUGAAAGAAGUAGGUUAUGUACCAAACAAGACACAGCUCCUGCAGGAUAUAGAAGAAGAGGAUGUCAAAGAGAAAGCGCUGAAUUUACAUAGUGAGAAGUUGGCGAUUGCUUAUGGACUGAUUAGUACAGGUUCACCUGCACCAAUUCGGAUUACAAAGAAUCUCCGUAUCUGUGAUGACUGCCACUCAUUUGCCAAGCUAAUAUCUAGGGCUUACAAAAGGGAGAUAAUUUUGAGAGAUCGAUAUAGAUUUCAUCAUUUUAAAGAAGGAUAUUGCUCAUGCAUGGAUUAUUGGUGAACCUUGUGGAGUUAGAGUUUACUCUUUGCAUAUGGAAGGUCCAUUAUAUGAUCAGCAGGACCAGUUUCAGCUGAUCUUCUAUCAUAAACAAUCGCCGUUGGGCUUACAUAGUUAAAGGUUCACCUAAAUUAAAAAACUUUGGCCGCCAAGAGUCCCCAAACCUUUGGUUACUGCCACACAGCUGCCUAGCUUAUAUCCAUUGUUUACAAGUCUGAGCGACCAGUACUGGCAUCAUCACUUGGAAGCAAGUUAUGUUCAUUUGUCGAUCAAUGCUAAAUAUUUUUUGGAUGCUUGGCAGUUCAUAAAUAUUAUUAGCAGACAGACGAUCAGUGUCACUGCCCAUUUUCUGUCAGUAAUCUGCAUUUCUACUGGAGACAGGCCUAGUUGCCAAAAAACAUAUCAGUUCAAUUUUCAGAAGAUGCAUGAUCUAGCAAAUGCAAAUAGUCGAAGCCUGUCCUUACAUCUGGAAGCAACUGUCAACAGGUCAGAGAAAGAUGCAUAAAGUUAAUUUCUUUGUUAAAACUGAAGAAUCAUGUGAGAAACAAGGCCCCAUGAACACUCAUAACACCAAAUACAAAUUGAUUGGAGUAGAGGAACUAGAUAGGCUGGCUAGAGCCAGUUAUUUUGAAUUGUUGCGGAACAUCCUAAGAUGCACACAAGUAGUG